AUGAGCAGUGGAGGUACGGUAAUUGCUGGAAAUCGGAAUCAACUUUCAUCAUUGUGCCGCAGUUCUUUACUAACGUCUGAAACCAUUAUUAACGAAUCGGAAUUUCCAUCUUUGGGCGUGCGCUCGUCGCCCUCUCCGGGUUUUCCAUCGGUGCCAACCACGAGCUAUUCUUCGUCAUCACCUGUACCUCAUAAUCAUUUGUAUUCUAACAAGGAUGUUUAUAGCACGCUUCAAAGAGCUCCUUACGCUAAUUUGAUGCGUCCGAAUGAUAGCAAUUCAGUAUCAAGCAGCAAUGUAGAGUUUCGAAUACAAAAUGAGGACUUUCCUGCUUUACCAGGCGCCAAUCAUGUGGAAACGGGUCAUGGCCAGAUGUCUUUGGGUAGCAACGGGGAAAGUGUUUUAAAUGAUUCGAGGUAUCCAGAAAGGUCCUGUCUUCCAGAAACCAAGACAGGGAUACAAACUUUUCCUGACGGGACAGUGAAGAAUAUUCCACCAGGUAUGCUUUGCGAUCAGUUUGGUAUGGCGGGAUUGCUUACUUUUCUGAGGGCGAUCGAGAGAGAACCUAAUGUGGUGUCAUUAGCACUCGGUCAUGACUUAGCUUCGUUAGGUUUAAAUCUCAACGCGCCUGAUCGAAAUUUACACACAACGUUUGGUGGUCCUUGGGCUGACUUUCCUUGCAGGACGCAAGAUUUGGAUGCGAAGGUGCCUGAAGAAUAUCUGACAAACGUGCAAAUUCGUGACAAGCUGCCGAACAUUAAGUCGAACAAACUUUCUGAGGAUGUGCUUUUCUACCUCUUCUAUAACUGUCCUGGUGAAUUCUACCAAGUGGCUGCUGCUUCUGAGUUGUACAGUAGAGAUUGGCGGUUUCAUAAAUCACAGAGGGUUUGGCUUACUCGGUCACAAUACGGAGGUGUGAAGGAACAGACAGUAACAUACGAAAAAGGCUCGUACAACGUUUUUGACCCAGUUCAGUGGCGAAAGAUUCCAAAAGAUAUGACGCUGGAAUACAAAGAACUAGAAGAACGUCCAAAAUUACCUCAGCAGCUUCAGCAGUCGGGACAGCAGGCUGGCCAAUCGACUUCUGUUAGCUCAUCUCAAAAUGGCUCCUAA